AGUGACGCGCGUGAACCUGAACAAAGGCGGAAACACGACAACGGGCUCUUUGCCGAUGAUACCACGUUAAAUGUUGUCAAAUUUAUAGUUAAAAUACUGCAUAAUAUUGUAGUGAGUAGAUAUUUUCAACAGUUAAAAUUGGUUCAAAAUGGAUGACGAAGUAGCACAGAAGUUUAUCAACUCGGUUGUGAAGAAUUUACAAGUUUUGUGUCACAGUAACGUUGACUUUAAUAAAAAUGUGGAAGUUAUCGGACACUUGUACUUAAACGUUGACAGUUGUACAAAAUUAAACUAUAUCGUUAACGAAAAAGUUUGUAGAAAUGAAUCCUCGUCGACAGUGUUUGUAAGUAAUAGUUUUCAUGCAGAAGUUGGUGUGAAAAAAAAGGAGAAAGAACAGAGUAUGAAAAAUACUAAUGAAAUGUCUCCUCGAUUACAGAGAUCACAAUCUAGAGAUGAUUUCCCUCGUAGACAAAGCACAGACGUAAACAAUACGAAACGUGAUCACCAAGGACAUUAUCCUCCAGAGCCUAAAAUACCCAGAUUAUCUGACCCAGGAGGUCAUAGUGAAUCCAGACAAUCCUCCACGUAUCGUUCACCCUUUUCACCCAAUUCACGUAGCAGACAUUCUCAGGAAACUUCUAAUUCAGUGCAAAAAAGUCCAAUAGAAAUUGAUUUGACAAAAGUGAAAAAAGAAUUUAUAAGUGGUAGCAGUAGUGGAGGUUGUGAUAUGGAUGGAGGAGGAGGUAACAAUGAUCCCUCUUCCAGAACUGGCUCGACUUCUUUCACUACUGAAACAGAUUCAAUAGACUUUUCUACAGCGUUUCCUAUCAGUUUACAUUCUAAUCACACCUUAGUGACAUCAGCUUUAAAUAUUCCUGAUAUUACAGCUAAUAAUAAUACCACAUCAUCAGCGUCUUCAAUAGAUCAAAAACCUUUUAUUCAUGACUCAAAUAUUGAACCUCAAUUUUCCCCCAUGAUUCCUGGAGGUAGUCCAAGAUUAAGACCACCAUGGAUGGGUGAACAUUCAGGCAGUCAAUCUACAGCGUCCCCCAAUUUCCCAGUUGCUGGUCCGACUGAUGAGUCUGAUUUAACUUGUGAUGUUUGUCAGAAAAUGUUCAAAUCCAUUCGAGGUUAUAAGGAUCAUAUGAACACACAUUUAGGAAUUUAUCGCUAUACUUGUCCGUAUUGUCAGAAAGGUUGUACAAGUCGAAACCAGCUUAUAGGCCAUAAAAACAUGCAUGAGAAUAUAAAACCUUAUACUUGUGAAGGUUGUGGAAAGAGUUUCAACUAUGCCUUUGCAUAUAAAAGGCACAUCAACAGCAAGAACACUAGAUGUUACAAAGAGGGAUUGUUUAUGACUGAUUAGGUUUUAUAAAAAUAUAUUAGAAUGGACACAAGGGGUUUGGACAUGUAAAUUGUGGACAAGAGUGGAAGAUUGUUUUGAGUGUCGAUCAUAGUCUUAAAUAAACACAAUCGUUUUGUAUAAUUGUCAGAACCCAUGACUGAUCUAAAUGUCCAAGACUUACUUCAUGGCAGACUUUCACUUUAUAAAAGUUAUUAAUUGUAUUUCUAUGUUACCAUAACAGACAACAUUAGUUGUCCUUUAAUUGUAUAUCUAUGUUACCAUAACAAACAACAUUAGUUAUCCUUUGGUUAAAACUAAAGGAUUAUUUAACAGUCUACAAUGUUUAUCAUCUGAAGAUGGGACUCUAACCACGACGAGACGUGGCUUGUAAUAUUGCACCAUUGGUCUUGAAUACCAUAUUGAAAUAAUAGAAUAUGAAAAAAAAAAUUAUAGUUUCACCAGGGAAAUAUACUAAACUAACUGUGUUUCAUAUGAGAAAGUAGUAUCAGGCAUUUUGAAAAGAGUAAGCAUUCUCUGCCUUGUGCACAGCAUCAACCAAAAUAAAUAGAUGUGUGAUGAUAGAAAACACAUUUUAUUCUAUAACUACAUGCAAAUACGAGCCAAUAUCAUUGAAUACAGCCGUUGAAUACAGCCAUUGAAUAACCUAUGGUUGUAUUCAAUGGCUUAGACACACACUACUUUUGUCUGGAAUGACGUCACUUUCAGAAUUACGUCAAACUGUAAUGACGUCACCACGAGGCAACGACAAUUUUUGUAAAAAAGAAAGAAAAAAUUGCAGAAGGUAUGAUGAAUUUUAAAGUUUUUGGUGAUUUUUUUGUUGUUGAUAAUCUGGAUAGUACAGUGUAUUUUGAGAUUUGCAAUUAGUUAUAGAAUAAAAACAGAACUCAGUGACCAUUGAAUACCGCCCAGGUUAUUCAGUGGUUCACUUGAGUGUAUCCCUUCCGCAUUCCACGAGUGAUAGCGCAGUGAAACUCUCUCUUGAACCAUUGAAUGACUCGAGCAGUAUUCAACGGUCAUUGAGUUCUAUCUAUAUAGUUCUAUCAAUAAAAUAAAAACUUUAAAUUUUGGUAUGUAAAUAACAUAGAUAACUCACAUUACAAUAUAUUUGCUUCUACUGAACUUGACAGUUAUUAACUACCUUGAUAUCUCUUUUACUUUACUUUUAAAAAGGUGCUUAGAUAACAUGAAUUGAUUGACUUAUCAGAAUAUUCAAGACUUUGUUUUGUGGGUUUUUAUGGGAGUUAUAGCUAUAAGCUUAUUGGAGUAUGAGUCGCUGAUGAACACUUCAGAUUGUCUGUUAUUAGUAUUCAGAGCUUUAUUUUGUGGGGAAUUUAGCUUAUAUUGGGGUGACUAGUGGGGUUAAUGAUUGGAUGAUAUUUAUAACACGUUAAAGGCUUGCACACGCAAAGGAUUAUUUUUGUUGGUGAUAUUCUGUUCCUACAUGUAUAAUUUGGGCUGUCUGUAUGGUUUAAUGGCUGAGAGCGAGACAUUAAGUAAUAUAUUAAUACUGCACAUUAUACUAUGUCUUACUCCAGACCAUUAAACAACUUAAAAUACAGACACUACCCCCCACAUGCAUUUCAAUGAAAUUGUCACACGAAUCCAAUGUUUCAUCUAGUAUAAACUAAUGUAUUAUUGGUACGUCAUGACGUUGCAUCUGUAUUUUAAUUGGUAAUCGUAAUUGUUACCGAAUAUUUUGUUUUCUAUAUGAGCGCUAGUGGCAGACAAUCUAUUAUGAACAAUCCAUGCUUUGAUAUCUGAUAUCAUCAGUGAGAUGGUUUGUUUAGACCUUUGAUGUAUGCAACUGAAUUUAGCUUUCUGUAAAUAACUCAUUGUAUUAUGAAUGCUUCAAUAAACAUCACCAUUUACCAUAACUUUGAUAAGAAAUUAUUGUGCGUGAGGUGCGAUCACCGCCAAGAUGAGAAUCAGUGUGAUGUUUUUCCCCCCAACAAGAUAUCACACUGUUGGCGCCAAAGAAAUUUUAGUGUUUGCUGGGUCCUUUUUUUUUUAUCAUAAAACCUAAGUUAAAUUACAAAAAAUAAAUUGGAGUGUUAAAUGUUUUCAGUUAUUUCUGGGCUUGAUAAAUAGAUAGCCAACCUUGUCUCUUGAACAAUGUUUUGUUUAAAAUUUCUAAACUUUAAAAUUUGAAAU